AUGACUGUCGCCAUCUAUGGCAAGGUCGGCAGUGAUCUCAAUGCUCUAAGCCACAUUAACUGGCUUGCGACUGCAUAUUUCCUUACACUCACAGUAAUUCAAGGCAUUGGAGGGGGGGGCAUGACCUCUAUUGUGGUAUAUCAGCGGAUUACCUUGGCUGGCGUUGAUAGGAGCAACUGCUGGAUGAACUUGCAACGCAUCGAUUUCCUUGGUGCAAUCAUUCUAGUUGCUGCAAACAUUGGCCUCCUCAUCGGCAUGAAUCGAGGGAGCAAUGUCUCGUGGACUUCACCCAUUACCAUUGUUUCACUGACCGCAUCGUUGGCUUCCUUCCUUAUAUUUGGCAUUUUCGAAGCCUACGUCGCAGCUGAACCACUUGUUCCGUUACACGUUAUUUUUGACAGCAAGAUGGUCGCAUGUUAUGCAUGCCUCUUCUUCGGCUUUGGGUCAUGGAUAGCCUUGAUCUACAAUUCGGUUCUUUUCUUCCAGGCUGACCAGGGCGUUUCGGCGACUGCGGCUUCCAUUCGACUGAUUCCACCUUGUAUAUGUGGAGUUUCCGGCUCGUUUAUUGGGGGUUGGUUCAUACGGCGGACUGGAAAAUUUUACUGGACCAUCGUUUUUGCGUAUAGUUUGAUGACAACAGCUUUGGCAGUAGUCUUUGUGUUCUCUCGAAAUAUAGCGACCAACACUGGAUUGAUGAUUGUUGGUAUUUCUAUGUGUGCCUUUAGCAACGGCAUGGGAACGACAGGAACCUUGAUUGGUAUCAAUAUUGAGCAAAUUAUCAAGGGAGUUCAGCAUAGUCUGGAAUUUAUCCAGACUCUUGAACCAGAUAUACAAAAAGCUGUACGAGAUUGCUACGGAUGGUCUAUUAAUCUAGGUUUUACGUUCAUCAUCGGGAUGGCGUCCUUUGCAUUCUUUAGCGCCUUUUUUCGCCUGCGACGCGCCUAUCUUGGACUUUCGAAUCGCUGCAAUCGCGCUAAGCCACCUGCUUUAUACCGGCUUAAUGAGUCUCAAGAUUUCGCUCUUGAGCGGUACCUUAAUGCUAUCGAUAAUAUUGGCUUUGGUAUUCAUCGUGGACUAGUUGAGCAGCAAGCAAACUCACUCCUUGAGGAUGCGUACACAGGACUAGAUGAAGUUGCUCCUAAGUUUGGCAAGCUUUGGGCACGACGAUGGCUCGCAAGGCACCCAAAAUAUAGACGUGUAAAGGCAAAGUCAAUUGAGGUACAGCGUAAGCUUGCCCAGGAGCCAGCAACGCUCCUUGACUGGUAUACCAGGCUUAAAGACCUUAUCGAAGAGCGCGGUAUCUUGCCUGAAGAUAUAUAUAAUAUGGAUGAGACAGGCUGCCGCAUUGGUGUUGCAAAAGAGCAGUACUUAUACACCAAAAAUGGACGUACGGUCUUUAUCCACAACGCCAACAAUCGCGAGCUUAUUACGCUUGUUGAGUGUAUCCGGGCUACAGGCGAGGUUAUUCCACCUCUUAUUAUCGUCAAAGCUGCUACUGUGAUGGAGCAUUGGAUUGUUGUGACGGUUCAUGGGGUAAGGACAUCCUAGGUGCCACGUGUUGGCGAGAUGGUUCUUCCUCUUACUGAUAAGCACCUUCUACACCUAUCCAUGUCACAGAUACGUCAUGUAAACAGACUAGUAUGAUGGCCCCAUAAAAGGCCAUCACCACAGCAGAACAGAACAAGACAUCAGGAAAUGCAUAGCAACUUUCUC